AAUAUCCGGGUAAAGAUCGAAGGGUUGAAUGAAGAUAUCGCGAGGGUUUUUCUUGUGGAUGCGAAUGAUGAUCAAAUUGUAAUUACAGAGAACAUAGUUUUUAUAAAUGCAACGACUAAAAAAGAAAUUUCUGCUGUAGACGUUAAGGGUAAAAAAAGUUAUCUCAUAACUUGGAUACAUAGCUACGAGUUAUCUGUAGAUGGCGAAAAAAUUUUUAUGUUAAGACAACGGAAAGAGCAACGUGGUUCGUUUGGAUUGGGGGAUUAUUUGGUAUAG